ACUGAGCGUCCUCCUCUGAGCGCCUGUUCUCGGAGUUGCAGGUAAGGUGGGUAGCCCUGGCCCGCCCGACAGAGACGCGGGGACGAAGUCCAGGGCGUCAGGGGCGCAUCCCCAAGUCAGUCUCCGGAACUGGGAGGACCUGCGAGGCCAAGUGGGUCGGUCGAACCGUGGCGCCGGGAAAGGGGAAUAGAAACAAAGCUCUGAUCCGGAGCCCUGGGGGCGGGGGAAGAGAGGCCGGGCCGAAAACUGCCUUUCCCAGCAUGCUAAGGGGCGAGCUGCCGCGUCCCUAGGCGGCCGUUUGCCGCGUUGCAUUCUAGGCUUUGUAAGUCUGAGGUCUUCCUUUCUGGGCAGUUGUGCGUAAAUAAACUCUAAGGCUUGUAAUUAAAAAUAACUGGAGGUAUUUUAAAGCCAGAUAAUAGGAAAAAAAUGAAAAUAAAUCAUCAGAGUACCAGCAAACAAGCCAUACUUGUGGUCAGGAUAAAAAAUGUCAGUGCUCACUUCUCCAAGAGGAAAGGCAGAAGUGGUUCAUUGCCGAAGAACAGAAGCACAGGAUAUUUAUUGUAUCAAAAACCUCAUUAGAAAAUUUACCCAGAAGCUGUUUGGAAGGCUUAAUGUCAUCUAUCUUCUGGAAAAGGCAAACCUUGCUGUUACUCUCUGCAAUGACAAGGAGGAGAUCAUGGCCCAGGCUACCUUCGUGGACUAUCCCAACUGGAAUGUCUCCCAUCAGGACAGCUGGGUAUCCGUGUUCCAGGAGCUUGACAGUGAAAUCCCAUGCACACCUCUAAACACGUUGUUCCUGCACCUCUUUGUGGCUGUGGAUGAGUAUUCCAUUGGCUGCUGCAAAGAGAUUAUUCGGACCGUGUUUAAGGCAGUGCCAGAGCUGCACUUCAUAUUCCUCAUAGUGCCAUCCUACAUGAGCCUAGGCUCGACUCUCAUAACUGUGUUUGAGCAAGUGGGGAGCAUUCCGAAUCUGACGUAUGAUAAGGACUUUGCUGUGCAUAUAUGUCACAGGCACAACCAUUACCCUCAGCUGCAUAUCCGCAAUGCCAGGGUAGAAGAUCAUGAUGAUCUCAUGCCGAUAUUUUUGCGCCAUGACACACUUCUGAAGGAAACUUACGGCGAGUACUUCCUGGCUGAACUAGUAGAGGCCCAAGACGAAGAGAAUCAUGCUGUCGUGUGUGAGGUGGAAGGUGUAGCUGUCGGGUUCAUGAGUGUGUGCUCAAGAGUGAACAUGCAGCUCCUGCAUGAGUGCUUUGACCUGGGGCCCUUCCACGGACUCUGCAUCCCACACCCUGAUGAUGUUCUGCAGCCGCCUGAGGAGCUGAGCAUUAAAGGAAGUCAAGAUGCUGAGCUUGGUACUAGCAACCUCAGUUCCCUGAAAAUAGUUGAGGAGCCACGGGAACCUGUCUCUCCAGGGGCCUUGGAAGGCAUUCAGGACAUAGAAAACCUCAGUCAGCGGUCCACUAUGGGUGAUACAAAUGGCUCUGUCAGCUGUCUGAGCUUGGCGUCCGUUUCGCUGUCCGAGCAGACCAGUGACUUCCGCCCCAUCUACAAGGGAGCCUCAGCUGCUUUUUGUAUUCAGCUCUUUUGUAUUGAGGAGAAAUACGAAGCAAGAUCACUGGACUUUAUGAAUUUUGUCUUCAGUCUUUUUCCUGAGAAGAACUUCUGCACCAUUUCUGUGCCGCACCUCACCCCUGAGUUUGCCCUCAUCCAGAACUUCGUGAAGAUUGUCCCCUUCAACAACUGUACACUGGAGCAGGAUCUCUAUGUCUUCCAUCGGGCUGGAUUGCUCAAGUCCAUUAACAUAAGAUUAGCCACUUCGUUGGAUACUCCUGGUGUUGAAAAUCUUGUUAGCACACUCAUGCUGAAUAAAAGUAUAUUGGAGGAUUUAAAGCAAUACAGUAAGGCCCGCAGACACCAUGAUGGAACACCAAUGAAGGCAUUUGUAGCUGAAGUUGCAGAACAAAUAGUUGGCAUUGCAGUGAUCAGAGAUGAAAUGGAUGUAGAGUACAUACGAUCCCAUUACAACAUUGAGGAUUUCAUCUACUUCAGUCACCACCAGCGAGAAGAACACGGGCACCUGUAUCAUUUUGCCCUGAACCCUGUCUUUCGUCACUACACCAAGUUUUUCCUGAAGGAGAUCCUCCGUUUAGGCUAUAAAUCCUGUCUCUACUACCCUGUUUACCCACAGAUCAGGGAAGGCAAGUUCCAGAGCUCCUAUGCCCACUCCCUGACAUCCGCCCUUCAUUACUUGGUUCCCGUGCGGCCGCGACGACAGAUUGUCUAUCCUCUGGAAAAGCUUGGCAUCAACGCUCCAUCAAAGGCGGUCUCCAAGGAUCCGUUGAAUUAUGCCUUGAACCAUACGAACAGAAAACUGACAUUGGAACCUAAAAUAACUGUCAAUGCCAAGAUUGUUGUGGUUGGUGCAUCCAGUGUUGGAAUUUCCUUCCUAGAGACUUUGGUAUUUUGCUCUCACCUGAAGUUUAGUAAUCUCACCCUGAUUUCAACCCAUGGACUCCCUGGAAAAAAUCUUCUGGGCACUGAACAAAGGAAGUUUUUAGCAAGCGACCACUGUUUUCAUGAUAAAGAUUACGCGUUGAUGUCACUGUGCUCCUGGGUCAAUGUGGUGGUGGGUAGAAUGACUGCCAUAGACCGAGCAGCCAAGCACGUGGUGCUUUCCAAAAAGGAAAUCGUGCCCUACGACCACCUCAUCCUCUGCACCGGACAGCAGUACCAGGUCCCAUGCCCUACAGGGGCUGAUAUUAGUCAACACGUGACAAACAGAGAGAUUCCAAACAGCAGGAAGCAGCGAUACACUGAUAAAGUUCCUUGCAACCAUUUCACUCUCAAUGAUGAAGAAGAUUGCUGUAAGGCCCUGAGUUGGAUAAGGGACAACUCCAUCAUCGCAGAAGGGAAUGUCAUUGUCUAUGGGAAUACAAUUGACACUUACACCACAGUGGAGACGCUCUUAAACAUCGGUGUGAGGGGCUCCUAUAUCCACCUGGUGCGGCCCCCGCCCACUUCCACCGUCACCUGCAUCAACAACUACUCGGUGGAGAGCGCGGUGGAGGACGCGCUCAGCACCGCGGGGGUUACCAUUUACCGCGACGCGCUCCUGGCUCAGUGGAAUGACGGCCAGUACCCAGACCCCAUUCACAGCGCCUGCUUCACCGCGCCCACCAAGCCUUUCAGACUUACAUGCGCCAUGUUCUUCAGCUUCUGUGAGAAGAAUGUGGAUUAUGAAACAUUUAAAGCGCUCAAUGAUGCUUGUCUCGUCUAUGACGGCCGACUUGUGAUUGACACCAAAUUCCACACCAAUGACAUAGCCAUCAGAGCUGCUGGCUCCCUCACCAAAUUCUCCAAUAAAUAUUACUCAAAUGAGUGGACUCAUAGCAGCUUCAGUUCCAAAGAAAUUGGCUUCCAGCUGGCAGCAGCUAUGCUCAGUCUCUUUGACCCAACUCUUGAACCUGUGACUGAACCACCAGCUGAUCUUGACCAACUCAUCCCUAUGUACAAGGGAGCCAAAAUCCAAGGAGGCAUUCUUCCUGGGUCUUACCAUUAUCUGCAUAUUGCCAAACCUGCCAUUCCAAUUCCCUUAGAGGUACAGAUGGCCCAGUCUAACUUUGGUUUAGAAAUAGUAACGGGUAAUGCAAAAGAUGGGACUUACUUCCGAAUACAUAUUAACCAGUAUAAAAUGGUGGAAACCAUCACAUGCCUUUCUAAAGAGCCUUUCCCUGCCUCCAACUACAUCUGCCUAUUUGGCCAGCACGAGCAACUUCUCAACAAUCUAUGCGCUCGGUACGAGGACAAGCUGAUCCCAGAUCUCUACAGCUACUUCACGGAGCCAUGGUGCAUGGCCCUCUUUCACGAUCGUUUUAUUGAUCUAAGGAAAGAGUUACGCCGGAUCUUGACCUCCAAGGAGGAGGAAGACCUUCCUUCCAUAGAACAGCUAGCCUGGCAGAUAGAAGCUGAGGAAAUUAACCUGAAUGAGAAGCCCAGGAAAUAUCUCAAAAGAGUCUUCCAGGAAACCAUCUACAAGUCACUGGUAGAGAAGAGCAUUCUUGACUACCUGCACUAUAAUCACUACCACCUGCCCAUGUACGCAAGGCCAGGCACCAUUUAGUUGUGGCCACGGUCUCCACUUUAUCGUGUUCACACGUGGAGUUCCUGGAAGUGCUCAGUAUAAAUGAUAAAUUUAUAUAUAUAAAUUCAGAAACCUCUCUGAA